AUGUCACUAAAGAACCAUAACUGUUAUGCCAGAAACAUUGCUAAUAGAUUAGAUUUACCUACAUCUGGAUUGAUGCUAAUUGCCAAGACCCCUGAACGUGCCAAGGAUAUUGAGCGUGAAAUGGUUGGAGGAAAGAUUAGGAAAGAGUAUGUAUGUAGAGUAGAUGGCGAAUUCCCAGAAGGGGAAAUCACUUGUGAUGCACCUAUCAAGUGUAUAUCACACAAGAUGUCUGUCAAUUACGUUCAUGAUGAUGGCAAACCCUCAGUUACUAAAUUUGAGAGACUCAGUUUUAACGGCAAGUCAAGUGUUGUUCGUUGUAGGCCAUUGACUGGACGUACACAUCAAAUUAGGGUUCAUUUGAGAUACUUGGGUUAUCCUAUAUCAAAUGAUCCACUUUACGGUAAUAAAACCACUUGGGCACCAAUGAUACGGCCAGGAGAAAAGAUGACAAGCGAAGAUGCCAGGCUGUUGGUAGACAAACUGUUUGAAUAUUCGCCAAUGGAAGACUGGGGUGAACUCUGCCUUGUACCGAAUGCACAAAAGACACAAGUUGAACUAGAUGACUCAAGAUGCCCAGAGUGCAGUUGCUCUCUUACUUUUGCCAAGAAAUAUGAGCAACUGUGCAUCUAUUUACACGCCUGGCGAUAUGCUAGCGACAACUGGAAUUAUGAAACUGAGCUGCCUUUUUGGGCUAAAGAAGACUUUAAUGAAGACGAUGCACCCUUAAAAUAUCAAACCAUUAUUCCAGAUCAAUAA